AUGGUGAAGCUGCUGCCCGCCCAGGAGGCGGCCAAGAUCUACCACACCAACUACGUGCGCAACGCCAGGGCCAUCGGCGUGAUGUGGGGCACGCUGACCAUCUGCUUCUCCGUGCUGGUCAUGGCGCUCUUCAUCCAGCCCUACUGGAUCGGGGACAGCGUCAACACGCCGCAGGCCGGCUACUUCGGCCUCUUCUCCUACUGCGUGGGCAACGUGCUGUCCUCCGAGCUCAUCUGCAAGGGCGGCCCCCUGGACUUCUCCUCCAUCCCCUCCCGGGCCUUCAAGACGGCCAUGUUCUUCGUGGCCUUGGCCAUGUUCCUCAUCAUCGGCUCCAUCAUCUGCUUCAGCCUGUUCUUCGUCUGCAACACGGCCACCGUCUACAAGAUCUGCGCAUGGAUGCAGCUGGCUGCUGCCACAGGCCUGAUGAUCGGCUGCCUGGUCUACCCGGACGGCUGGGACUCCAGUGAGGUGCGGCGCAUGUGCGGGGAGCAGACGGGCAAGUACACGCUGGGCCACUGCACCAUCCGCUGGGCCUUCAUGCUGGCCAUCCUCAGCAUCGGAGACGCCCUCAUCCUGUCCUUCCUGGCCUUCGUGCUGGGCUACCGGCAGGACAAGCUGCUUCCGGACGACUACACGGCCGACGGACAAGAGGAAGUCUGA